AUGUCAUCGGGUUCGGGUUCUCUCAUGUGGUUCCGGAAGGGCCUGAGGAUCCACGACAACCCUGCUCUCGAGUACGCCUCCAAAGGCUCCAAUUUUCUCUACCCGGUCUUCGUGGUUGACCCGCAUUACAUGAAGCCCGACCCGGAAGCAUUCUCACCCGGGUCAUCCAAAGCCGGUUUGAACCGGAUUCAGUUUCUGCUCGAGAGCCUUAGGGAUUUGGAUUUGAACCUCAAGAGGCUCGGGUCCAGAUUGUUGGUGCUCAAAGGCGAGCCCAGCGAGGUACUCAUUCGUUGCCUGAAGGAGUGGGAUGUGAAAAAGCUCUGCUUUGAGUAUGAUACAGAACCAUAUUAUCAAGCUUUAGAUGUUAAAGUCAAGAGCUAUGCCUCUACGGCUGGCAUUGAGAUUUACAGUCCUGUAAGUCACACACUCUUCAAUCCCGCAGAUAUUAUACGGAAGAAUGGGGGAAAGCCACCUUUGAGUUAUCAAUCAUUUCUGAAGCUUGCUGGAGAGCCCUCAUGGGCAUCGUCCCCACUUUCUAUUACACUUUCUUCACUUCCUCCGGUUGGGAAUACUGGAAAUUGCAAUAUUUCAGAAGUUCCAAUGGUCGAAGAACUUGGCUAUGAAGAGACUCAACAGGAUGAAUUGUCUCCUUUUAGAGGUGGUGAAACAGAAGCCUUGAAGAGGUUAAGAGAAUCAAUUGAAAACAAGGAGUGGGUGGCCAAAUUCGAAAAACCUAAGGGUGAUCCAUCUGUGUUUCUGAAGCCAGCGACAACUGUUUUAUCACCUUAUUUGAAAUUUGGUUGUCUCUCUUCCAGAUACUUCUACAUAUGCCUUAAAGAUUUAUAUAAAAAUGUCAAAACGCAUACAGUACCUCCGGUAUCUCUUGCUGGACAGUUGUUAUGGCGAGACUUUUUCUACACGGUAGCAUUUGGCACUCCUAGUUUUGAUCGGAUGAGGGGAAACAAAAUAUGCAAGCAGAUACCUUGGAAUGAUGAUGAUGAACUGCUGGUGGCUUGGAGGGAGGCUAGAACAGGAUUCCCUUGGAUUGAUGCCAUCAUGACCCAGCUCCGCAUGUGGGGUUGGAUGCACCAUCUUGCACGACACUGUGUUGCAUGUUUUUUAACUCGUGGUGAUCUGUUUGUUCACUGGGAAAAAGGGCGUGAUGUUUUUGAGAGGCUUCUGAUUGAUUCAGAUUGGGCAAUUAAUAAUGGAAACUGGCUAUGGCUAUCGUGCUCAUCAUUUUUCUACCAGUAUAACCGUAUCUACUCCCCAAUCUCAUUUGGAAAGAAGUACGACCCAAAUGGUGAUUACAUUAGACAUUUUCUCCCCGUACUUAAAGAUAUGCCAAAGGAGUACAUUUAUGAGCCAUGGACGGCUCCUCUAAGCAUUCAAAACAAGGCAAAGUGCAUAAUUGGAAGAGAUUAUCCAAAGCCAGUGGUUGCCCACGAUUCUGCAAGCAAGGAUUGCAGGAGGAGAAUGGCUGAAGCAUAUGCAUUGAACCAGAAGAUGAGUGGCAUGGUGAGCGCGGAAGAUCUAAGAAACUUGAGGAGGAAACUGGAGGAAGACCAAAAGCCAGAGGUCGAAAAUAAACGGCAAAGAAAGCUAAUUGGCUGA